GUAAAACAUCUCUCCAUUACUCUGCUUACUGUUCAGUCGCAGCCACAGGCAUGCUGUUUCCUGUGCACUGACCGGCAAAAAGAGACGAGCUGUCGGUUAUUUCACACGAUAGAGAGUCCCGGUAAAGUCUGUGAAGUUCACCUGAGGUCAGGAGGAGACGGAGAAAAUGUCCCGCGGUUCAAACGCAGGUUUCGACCGUCACAUCACCAUUUUCUCACCAGAGGGCCGCCUCUACCAAGUCGAGUAUGCCUUCAAAGCCAUCUCCCAGGGCGGGCUGACGUCUGUCGGGGUCCGGGGGACAGACAGUGUUGUGGUGGUCACACAGAAGAAAGUACCUGACAAGCUGCUGGACUCCUCCACUGUGACCAACAUGUUCAGACUAACACCUCGCAUUGGCUGUGUGAUGACUGGGCACAGUGCGGACGGUCGUUCCCAGGUUCACCGAGCACGAGUGGAAGCAGGAGAAUGGAAAUAUAAGUAUGGUUAUGACAUCACAGCGGACGUGUUAUGUCGCAGGUUGGCUGAUAUCUCCCAGGUCUACACGCAAAAUGCAGAAAUGAGGCCUCUAGGCUGCUGCAUGAUCUUGGUGGCUGUCGACCCCCAGCAGGGUCCAGUCCUUUAUAAAUGUGACCCAGCAGGCUACUACUGUGGCUUCAGAGCGACAGCAGUCGGAGCCAAACAAACAGAGGCCAACAGUUACCUGGAGAAGAAACUGAAGAAGAAGCCUGAACUGACCCACGAAAGGACAGUACAGUUGGCUAUAUCAUGUCUGUCCUCUGUCCUGUCCAUGGACUUUAAGGCCAAUGAGCUGGAGGUCGGCGUGGUCACCAAGGAAAGCCCUAAGUUCAGGACGCUGUCGGACGAGGAGGUAGAAGUCCAUCUGGUUGCCAUAGCAGAACGGGAGUAAAGCUGCCCUCACAAACUUCAGACUGCGGUUCAUCAUAGUAUUUCAGUUUCAGUGUGCUUGUUUUAGCCCAGUUCAACAUCAUGUCAUUCACCUGUUUGUUCAGGGAGGUUAAUCAUGCAUGCCUGAAGUAGAAACUCUGUUUUAAAGGAUCGAUAAAAGGUUUGAUUAAUAGUUUUUUACCAGACAUUCCCAGUGGGCUUUUAAAAAAAAUAUAGAAAAAAGUGGCACAAUGUUUAAAUUCUGAUUUUGCACAUUAAACCAUCUUUAGUGGAUAAAACAAGCAACACAUACUUAACAUGCAACAUAUUUGUCAUACAGCUUAUUUCAGCUUUCAGCUUUUAUUUCCAUGUUUAUUACACAGACCAUGUUGUCACCUCCACACUUGUAAAGUCGCAAUAAAAACUGUCAUCAGAUUCAUUGUAAACCCUUUUAAAACAACAGUCAUAAUAAAACUAAACAGAAAAGAA